GCGCGGGGAGGUGCGGCGGCCGCACCCGCUGUCCGGAGUCUGUAAGUUUCUACGCUCCGCCUGGGGAGCGGACCGGGAGGCUGGCUGCGUCCCCGCAAAAGACUGAAAAUGCAAAACACAGCUGAGGUUUGCAGUGUUGCAGGGACUUUUCGGGGCACGCUCUUUUAACUCUAUCUGCAGCCCGCGGGCUAUUUUCCGGGUUUUCCCUGCAGCUUGUAUGUUCGCUUCCUUCGUUGCAAAGAAGUUUUCAUUUUAUAACAGGAGCUCCAAUGGAGAGUAAUUUUAAAUGCAACUCAUACUUCUUUCAAAGGAGGACGGGUCUCUAGAGGAGAGGCAGGCCGGAGACAGGUGGGCAGGCGGCCUGUGGUGACGGGACGAUGUUGGCCAGAAAGAGCAUCAUCCCGGAGGAGUAUGUGCUGGCGCGCAUCGCGGCCGAGAACCUGCGCAAGCCGCGCGUCCGCGACCGCCUGGCCAAAGCCCGCUUCAUCGCCAAGAGCGGGGCCUGCAACCUGGCGCACAAGAACAUCCGCGAGCAGGGCCGCUUCCUCCAGGACAUCUUCACCACCUUGGUAGACCUGAAGUGGCGCCACACGCUGGUCAUCUUUACCAUGUCGUUCCUCUGCAGCUGGCUGCUCUUCGCCAUCAUGUGGUGGCUGGUGGCCUUUGCCCAUGGGGACAUCUAUGCUUACAUGGAGAAGAGUGGAAUGGAGAAAAGUGGCUUGGACUCCGCUGUGUGUGUGACGAAUGUCAGGUCUUUUGCCUCCGCUUUUCUCUUCUCCAUCGAGGUGCAAGUGACAAUUGGCUUCGGGGGGAGGAUGAUGACGGAGGAAUGCCCCCUGGCCAUCACGGUGCUGAUUCUUCAGAACAUCGUGGGCUUGAUCAUCAACGCGGUGAUGCUGGGCUGCAUCUUCAUGAAGACGGCGCAGGCGCACCGCAGGGCCGAGACGCUGAUCUUCAGCCGCCACGCGGUCAUCGCCGUGCGCAACGGCCGGCUGUGCUUCAUGUUCCGCGUGGGCGACCUGAGGAAAAGCAUGAUCAUCAGCGCCUCCGUGCGCAUCCAGGUGGUCAAGAAAACGACCACCCCCGAAGGCGAGGUGGUGCCCAUUCACCAGCUGGACAUCCCCGUGGACAACCCCAUCGAGAGCAACAACAUUUUCCUCGUGGCGCCUUUGAUCAUCUGCCACGUGAUCGACAAGCGCAGCCCCUUGUACGACAUCUCAGCGGCCGACCUGGCCACGCAGGACCUGGAGGUCAUAGUGAUUCUGGAGGGCGUGGUGGAGACCACGGGCAUCACCACGCAGGCGAGGACCUCCUACGUCGCCGAGGAGAUCCAGUGGGGCCACCGCUUCGUGUCCAUCGUCACCGAGGAGGAGGGAGUGUACUCUGUGGACUACUCCAAAUUCGGCAACACUGUUAAAGUCGCCGCGCCCCGGUGCAGCGCCCGCGAGCUGGACGAGAAGCCGUCCAUCCUCAUCCAGACCCUGCAGAAGAGCGAGCUGUCCCACCAGAACUCCCUGAGGAAGCGCAACUCCAUGCGCAGGAACAACUCCAUGCGCAGGAACAACUCCAUCCGCAGGAACAACUCGUCCCUCAUGGUGCCCAAGGUGCAGUUCAUGACGCCGGAGGGAAACCAGAAUGCGUCCGAAUCCUGACAGCAACACAGCCCCCAGGAGGAGUUUUCAUCAAGUGCUGACGCUUUAGGCUGGGCACUACCACACUGUACCCGAGCUGGAACACAGUAAUUUGUCCUUCUACAUCUUUUCUUUUUCUUUUUAAUAUAUCUUUAUUGACUUCCGAGAGAGGAA